AGGAUGACUGUAUAUAAGGCCUGGGUUCUCCUACUCUAACUUCACUCACUGUGUCCAAGAAGAACCAGAAGCAACCAUGAUGAAGUGGGCUGUCCUCCUGUGUGCCCUAGUGGCCCUCUCCGAGUGUAAUACCAAAAUCUCUCUGAUCAAGGGGAAGACUGCCAGAGAGACCCUGAUGGAGAAGGGUAUAUGGGAGGAGACCAGGCUGAAGUUCCCCUACAACCCUAUGGCCAAGUUCUACCAGACCGGUGAUGAGGCUAUGACCAACGACGCUGAUUUGUCCUACUACGGCGUGAUUUCCAUCGGAACCCCUCCCCAGUCCUUCAACGUCAUCUUUGACACGGGCUCCUCCAACCUGUGGGUUCCCUCGGUCUACUGCUCCAGCCAGGCCUGCCAGAACCAUGCCGAGUUCAACCCUUCUCAGUCCAGCACCUUCACGUGGGCCAACAAGCCUGUUUCUAUUCAGUACGGAACUGGCAGCAUGACUGGGCAGCUGGCAUACGACACUGUUUCGGUGGGAGGUAUCUCUGUGACUCAGCAGAUCUUUGGUGCCAGUCAGACAGAGGCUCCCUUCAUGGCCAACAUGGUUGCCGACGGUAUCCUGGGCCUGGCUUUCCCCAACCUGGCGGCCUCUGGGGCCACACCAGUCUUUGACAACAUGAUGAGUCAGGGCCUUGUUUCCCAGAACCUCUUCUCUGUCUACCUGAGCGGAAACUCAGCAGAGGGUAGUGUGGUGUCUUUCGGAAACAUUGAGUCUAACUACUACACCGGACAGAUUGCCUGGAUCCCCCUGUCCUCUGAGACCUACUGGCAGAUCAACAUGGACAGCGUUACCAUCAACGGCAACACAGUGGCUUGCAGUGGUGGGUGUCAGGCUAUCAUAGAUACCGGCACCUCCCUGAUCGUUGGGCCAACCACUGACAUCAACAACAUGAACAGCUGGGUCGGAGCCACCACUGACCAGUAUGGAGACGCCUCCGUGAACUGCAACAACAUCCCCAACAUGCCCGAUGUGACCUUCACCCUCAACGGAAACGCCUUCACCAUCUCUGCCUCCGCCUACACCUCCCAGAACUCCAACGGCUGCAUGACUGGUUUUGGUAACGGUGGAACUCAGCAGCUCUGGAUCCUUGGAGAUGUCUUCAUCAGGCAGUACUACGCCAUCUUUGACAGGCAGAACAACUAUGUCGGUCUGGCCCAGGCCGCGUAAGAUAUCCACCGAGAGAUCCACUAGAUCUACAGAGAUCCCAAACGAUUCUUAAAUGGCUAGAUUUCAUCUGUAUCGUGAAUGUACAGUGGGAUUGAAAUGUUAAAGUAAUUUCUGAUUGAGCCGACAGAUGCAACAUUUACGGUGAAUGCUGUCUCUGCAAACAACGGGACCAUUGCCUUUAAAUUUAAAUUGUGCUAUAGCACAGAUCUUCCAAAGUCUGGAUUGAAUCUAGGAAUAAAUCUUCCAGUUAUAUUAUAUAGGUGAUUAUAUCACUUGGUUGGGGAAAUUUUGUCAACGUACACAGCUGCCAAUGAAUAAAAUAAAAAAUGUUGCCUUGCAAAUAAA